GGGUUGUGGUUGAUGGAUUGUAUGGUCGAUCUGCAAGGUUUCAAUAAGAAUUUUAAUUUAGCUCUUAAAUGUAGUAAUUUGGAUUAAUAACUUCUGUAAAUAAUUACAUCGCAUAGUAUCCAACUUGGGAGUUGAACUUGUGAUGCGUGAAAAUUAAACGAACACCUACAACAUGGUGCAAAGUUUCAUGAAUGUCGGCUACUAAUUACGACGAUAAUUAUCCUAUUUUACAAUGUUCCUUUUUGAUUUUACCAUUAAAUAUAAUAGUUUAAAAUUAGGAAGAAACGUAACUUUCGAAAUAAUCGCAUAAUUUUGUUUAAAAGAUAAUCGUUAUGUGUGAAAUUGUUUUGGUAUAUUGAUAUUGAUAAAACAAUAUUCAGCCAUGUCCGAAUCAGAUCACCCCGUUGAUUACAACAUGGAUGUCAACAUCAAAGACGAGAUGGAAGUGAUAGAAGACAUUACCAUACACAUCAAAUCUGAAGUUGAAACAGAUGAUAACACUACAUCUGAUAAUGAUCAUAUAACUCCAGACAUAAACCACACACCUGAUGAUCAUAUAACACCAGAAAAGGAAUUAACUGAUGAUCACGUCACUUCAGAAAUCAGUGAAAAAUCUAAUUGUGAUCAUAUUAGUUCAGAUAAUGAAAUAAAUUACCACGACCACAUAACAUCAAAUUUAAACGAAACAACUCAUAACCAGAUAACUCCGGACAUAACAGAUUUUGUACCAAAUGAUGGAACAACAUUUGAAACUGUCCAGCUCGAGGUGAAGGGGGAAAUUUUGUCUCCGAAUUAUGAAAAAGACAUUGUUCCAUCACAUUGCAAUAUCAUGGUAACAUUGCCAACGAAUUUGGAUGGAGAUAUAGAUAAGAACAUUGAGAUUGAUAAGGUCGAUGUGAAAGAAGAGGUGGGUGGUGAUAUGGUUGGCUAUGAUUAUCCGAAUUUUGAUGAUGAGAGCAUGGAUAGUGCUGAUGCGACAGCCCUUGGUAAUGUCGAGGCCUGUCUGCAAGACGAUGUUGGUGUUAAAACUGAAAAUGAAUAUUAUACAGAUGAGCUGAAUACCAAUUACCUGAUCAAACAAGAACCAGACCUAACUGUAACGGAAACACAUUUGAUUUCAAACAAAGUCAUCAACACAACUUCAACCAUCACCCAUCCACAAGACGGCUUGAUCGAGUCACGAACAACUAAGACAUUAGUCAUGGAAAUACUACCUAUGACGACCAUGUCUCAACCGUUGAACAAAAUCGGCAAUCCAGAAGAAAUCCUACCAACGACACAUGCGAGCGAUGAUUACGAUUCUUUCCAACUCAAUUCUAUUACAGGGAAUGUAUUGUCUUUAGAACAGGAAGCUUAUGGGCUGUUAAAAGCAAAAUCUGAUAAGAAGACAAUGGUAACUUGUCCAAAAUGUCCGAAAACUUUCAAUAAUUACUAUGGCUUGAAGAGACAUUUAAGUGUACAUGUCAGUAUAGAAAACAGGGAAAAGGGUUUAAUUAAAGGGCUUGAAACAAGGAAGGAGAAUCAACAGAAAAGACUUGAAUUAAUGGAAAAACAUUUGGAGGAAAGAUUGCAAAUGAAACAGCAGAAAAAGAGCGCGAAAGUCAAAAAAGAAUAUUCUAGAACUAGAUCUGGCAAAAUUCAUGUCAAAACUGAGGUCCAAAAGAAGAAAUUGAAGAACAUCAAGUCGGAAGAUAUUGAAAUGAAGCCUGUUGAAAUUAAAAUAGAAGGAGACAGAAACAGGAGUGAUGUUAAAAAAGAAGGGUAUGUAUGUACGUGUGGGGAAGUUUUUCAAAGACGCAGCCGUAUGGAAACGUGUUUAAGAUCGCACAACAUGUAUUCCGAUAUAGAUAACAAAUAUCCAUGUGUUACUUGCAUGAAACAGUUCAAAGAUAAAGCAGAGUUGGCAUCGCACCGGAAACGGUUGCACAGAAAGAAAUUCCCUUGUAAAUUCUGCCCUACCGACUAUGGGACUAGGAAAGAACUAUUCAAACACUUGCAAAUACAUCAAAAAGUCCAAUUGCUAGAGUACAAAGUCGUGUCGGAAUUUGUUAAAAACAAGAAAAAGUUGCGUUGCUUUAUAUGUACGAAGAGUUAUGCAGAGUUAUCAGAUUUGAAGUGCCAUGUUAUGGAAGACCAUAAGGAACCGUACAUCUGUCCUAUUUGUAGCGGAACGUUUUGUAAAAUUAUAGACUUUGCACAUCACACUAAGAGUUUCCACCCUGAAGUUGAAGGGCAAUCGGUUCUGGAUGUCAUCGAAGCAUUCUCAAAGUUAGUCAGGGCUUGGAAGUGUGAAGAAUGUAACGUACAAUUCCAUGAAGCGGAUAAACUAGCUUUGCAUCAAAUAGAAAUUCAUAGUCCGGAUAUGAAACCGGACUGUCAGUUCCAAUGUCCGGAUUGCAGACGAGUCUUCAUUAGCCAGAAAGGUUUAACGUCCCAUAGACGGAUACACCACAGCACGGAGAGCACGGAAGAAACUGAGGUAGUGGAGAAAGGCGUUAUGUGCGUGGAAUGCAGAAAGAUAUGUAAAGAUAUGACGGCGCUAACCUCACACAUGAGACUGCAUUCCCCGGAGAGGAAAUAUCCGUGUAAAUUCUGUGACUUCCGUUUCGCUACUCCUGAAAAGAGGAAAGCACAUGCUGAAAUACAUAACAAUGUGGGUGAUCUUAAAUAUGUAUGUUUUAUUUGCGAAUAUCAAUGCAGCUCGGAAAAUAGACUGAAACAACACAAAUUAUCUGUAAAACAUUCUAGUAUGAAGGAGUAUUUGUUAACGGGCAAACCUUUGAUAGAAGAAUCUUCUUCGUCUAAAAAGAAUGAUGGGAAAAAGAAGGACAAGAAGAAGAAAGAGAGAAGAGAUAGUGAUAGUGAAUCUAGUGACGAGGUGUCGUGUGACAUUUGUGGUGAAAAGUUUAGGAGUGAAGCGGUGAUGGCCGAACACAAACUGACGCAUCCUUUCAUAGAGUUCCCCAACGAAGAUACACCAAGUAGAAUAUUUUUUAAGUAGAAAACUUGCCAGAUAUUUAGUUUAAGUGAAGUUUCAGCUGGUUUAGAUCUUUUCUACAGUUAUUAAUGUGUUACUUUAAGGAAUCUUUUUAUUUAUUCAUUCUUUCUUGGUAUAGACACGAGCGAUUUUUAACACGCGAUAAAAAAAAUAUUAGAAUGAAACAUAAGUUAUCUAUGUAUCAUAAUGUUUAUUUAAAUUUUUAGCGCUCUGCAUUGGACUGACUGUUGAAUGUCGUAUGUAACUAAUCUUAAACGCCUUUUAAAUGCGCCUCCGUCGCGCGUUGAAAAAGCGCUCGAUGAAUGAACCCUUUUAUUUUGUUUUUUGGAAGAAAGUUUAUGUUUCUUCAAAUUGUCAAGCGAGUCAUUCGAUAGAAGAAGCACUAUUCGUAAUCGAAUAAUUUAAUAAUUAUAAUUACUGAUUCACUUUUCCGAUUAUUUUAGUUCAUAUCGAACUUUAAAAAUAUUUUUUUCUAUUUAAUAUUAUUUUUUCAAAUUUCACUUUUUUUUUGUUAUAUUUUGGGCUCAAGUUGGGGUUAUACAAGUUUUUUUUAGUUUUAUCGACAUGAAGAGUGAUUAGCACAAAACAAAUUAUUAUGUACGAAAAGUUAUUUAAGAUUAAGAUUUUAUAUUAAAAAUUGAGUUUUACUUUUUAGCUCAUCAAAAUUUUUCACGUUUCAUAUUUGCAUUACAAAAAUAAAAAUGUACCUAAUCUGAAAAUUAAAACUCAAUUUAAAAAUGUAUAAAAAUUAUAGGAUUAUUUUUCAAUUAUUUCUUUUGUAUCUGUGAUUUGAAAAAGUUCUAAAUUGCCAGUGAUUGCUAGUCGCAAGUGUUAGACGGAGGAUUGCUAAAAUUAUUUUUAAAAAAUAAAUAGGCAUGGAUGAGUGAGACAUAAAAUAGGAAUGUUCCUAUUUUAUGAUGAAAGUACUACAAUUUUAUUGGACUAUAUUACUAUAUCCCAAAGAAUGUUAUGAUGUCAAUCAGAUAGAACAUUUCCAUACAAUGGCAAAAUCUCGUACAAAACGGUGAGCAUUGUAAAACCGGGUACGAAUGA